AUGCUCAAAACGUGGCUACUACCUCUAUUAGCCUUGGGCUAUGUAUCCGCCGGUGAUGUUCUCUUCAUCCCAAGCACCCUUUACCCGGUUCACGCACAGACAAUGGCAGUUUUGGCCAAGGAAUUGGUGGAGAGGGAACAUAAAGUGACGUGGUUGGAGAUUGGACCAAAGCAGUCUGACGUCAUCCUCCCAUCAGAAGUGACCAGGGAGUUUUGGCCGGCUCAAUUCGGGGACCGAGUUCUUCAGGAUAUUUAUCAGUAUAGGAAUCACUCGUCUCAUUCGGAGCUCUGGAACCCCAGCCAUCUAAACGAGAACGAGCAGACGACCGGAUGGUUGGCAUCAAUUCGACUCUGUGAUUCUGUGUUGGCUAGGAGUAAGAGCAAGUUCGACCGGCUUGUUGAGAAGCAAUUCUCUACAGUCAUCGUCGACGACUUGUACAACCCAUGUGGAGUGUUGAUGGCAGGGCUUAAGAAAUCCGUCUACAUCUACUGGUCGAUGACCGGCCUCCGCACCGAAUCCGCCUGGGCCAAUCAGUCCCCCUCUCCACCCAGCUACCUUCCAGUCGCUGGAACAGGAUUAACUGAUGAUCUGACGUUCAGUGAACGUGUUUAUAAUGUGGCGUCUUAUAUGAAACAGUUGUAUAUUCACCAACAUAUUGUGCAGCCGAGAAUUGAUGCAGUCUUUCAGAAGUACUAUCCGGGCGUCGCCACGACAUUCGACAUCGAGCGUAAUGCCUCCAUCAACUUUGUGAACACACCACCAAUUUUCGACUUCUCCCGACCAUACAUGCCACGCGUCAACUUUAUUGGAGCCAUUCAGUGUAGGAAGGCAAAGGAGUUGCCAAAGGAAUUCUCCGACCGCAUCUCCGCCUAUCCCGAUGGCUUCGUCGUUCUCUCCACCGGAUUCACCGCUCAAUGGAACAAGUCUCCAGAAUCCAUCCGUCAAGCAUACCUCCAAACUUUCAAGUCUUUCCCCAACCUUCUCUUCAUCUGGCAAUUCGACGGUACCCUCCAAACUUCUGAAAUCCCCUCCAACCUUCUCACCAAAUCCUGGCUUCCACUCCAAGACUUUCUCGGACAUGAGAAAUGUCGAUGCCACGUGUCACAUGGAGGAUUGAAUAGUGUCAUUGAGUCGGUGUAUCAUGGAGUACCGGUUGUCGGAGUGCCAUUGACCAGUCGAGGAUACGAUAAUCUGUUGAGAAUCACGGCAAGAGAUAGUGGAGUUAUGGUAGAGAAGGCGGAGUUUAGUGCGAGAAGUUUGACGAGAGCAAUCAAGGAGGUGAUUGAGAAUGAGAAAUACAAAAAAGAGAUGCUGAUCUUCCAAGACAUGGUCAUCGACGUCCCAUACACUGAACUCUACCACGCAGCCUUCUGGGUCGAGUUCAUCGAACGUCACCAGGAAGUGCCUCACGCCAGAAGCGGUGCCGACCAUCUGAACUUCCUCCAAUACUUCUUGGUCGAUGUCAUCGCCUUCUUUUUCUUCGUCAUCUUCUGCACAUUCUCCCUCAUAUUCUACACAAUUCGUACAGUAUACAGAACGACUCGAAACGUGAUAAACGGGAUCCGUGGGGUGCCGAGAGUUGUAUCAAAGGGAAAGAAAAAUAAUUGA